UGGGUAUUGCGAGAUAUAUAUACCUCGUUCUGGGUGUUGUUCUAGUUUUAUGGUCGUGGAUCCUUGCGCUCCGAGUCGUGUCUCCGCAACUGAGCUCGUUACCAUCCUUCGUCCAUUCUCGUGUGCAUUGGAAAGAAGGAGAUUACAGCGAGGUUUCAUGUUCUACCAAGAACUUCACGACGUUAUUAUCCCCCUCAUCGACGCAGCUGGGUAUCGCUUCUGAGGUAUAUCUCAUAUCUCUGCCCUGGCGACAAGACCGACGAAAACAGAUGGGACAUUUGCAAGCAUCCAAAGAAAUCAGUUGGACGGUUGUUGAUGCACUUGACCCUUCAGAUAUCACCAUUAGUCAUAUUUUCGAGCAGAUCGUCUCUCAGCGUUCGCUGCAGCCCUCCAAAGGACCCUUGGACGACUUGGAAUCGAUCUUUCGUUGGCCCGCUGAUAUCAACGCCAUUGCUUCUUCCACAGAGUACUUUGGAGCUUCUGGUUCCGACCUCUGGACCUCUGCGGACACUCAAAAUAGCAGACAUACCACCUUGUCCUCUCUUAGUGUUUCGCACCAUCCAAAUGUCACAUGUGCGACUGAAGAUAACUCUGUACCGCCUUUCAACCCUAGCCUUCCGGACUGGAUGAUCCUCACUGCGCCAAAGAUCUCAUGCUGGUAUUCCCAUGUCUCUGCUAUUCGCCAGUUCAUCGGUAGAGUGAAUACCACUCCUGAGGAUGUCGCGGUUUUCUUGGAAGACGAUAUCGACAUGGAAAGGGACAUCGAGAUAAGAAUGCGUCAUAUCUGGCCCUCUCUUCCACAUGGCUGGGACAUGGUUUUUCUGGGUCACUGCUGGUCAAAUGAAUCCUUCUACUCCGCACUUCCAUCGUCUCAGUUAUAUGACCUGCCAACACGAUCACACAUACACCCAUCUUACUCUCCACGUUGUACUCAUGCUUACGCACUUUCCCUGUCCGGUGCUCGGCGUCUUCUGCAGCAUCUUCGCCACCCACCGUUCGCGUAUUCUCGAGCUCUUGAUCAAGCUUUCAGUUGGCUUAUCGAAAGUGGCCGAUUACGUGCUUUCAGCGUCGUUCCGAGCGUCGUCAUUCAGCGUAAGGUUCUGUCGAGCGACAUAUUUCCCGGAUCUGGUGUAGGGAGUGCGUGGAGAGAGCAUUUAGUGAACGGCGUGUUCGGAGCAUAGAACCAACGCCAAUUUGUCGUCCUUUUUUGUUGAUCUGUCCUCUGUAUCGCAAGUCGUUUGUAUCGAUCUGAUUUCUGUCUCACUCCAGUCAUGUUUGUACCUUUAAACUACUGGAGCUAAUUCCAC